GAGGCACUCCGCGACCCGCCCGGCGGUGGCCCCGUGCCCCCCGCGGCCGCGGCCGGCGACGUCUACACCGCGGACGGCAGGUUCGAGGUGCUGCCCCCGAACUGGGCCGGCGACGACGUGCUGGGCCAGCCCCGCAGGGCCGCGCCGGCGGCGGAAGCCGACGGAGGGAGAG